ACCGUCUUUACUGUUUUUCAAACCGAACAAUCAUUUUAGAAAACCGGAGAUUUUGAUCUUUCGCGUUUAUACAUAAAGAUAUUUUAAUUUUAUCGAAUAAUAUUUCGGUAAUUGAAGAAUUUAGUGUUAAAAUGAGUCUUCCAGUAACAAAGAAAAACAAAGAUAAUGCAAACAAAGAAGAAUUGAACAUUUCAAAACAUGCAGAAAGUAUGAUAGACAAGAUUUUAGGAGAUGUGAACAAAAAGUCUACUACUAAACAAAUUAUUAUUGGUACAACAUCAGGAUGGUUGACUGGUUUUAUAACAAUAAAAAUUGGAAAAAUUACUGCAUUUGCAGUUGGUGGUGGAAUUAUAAUGCUCCAAAUUGCAGCACAUCAAGGUUACAUUAAAAUUAAUUGGGAUAAAAUUCAAAAAAAAGCUGAGAAAAUAACAGAUAAAGUAGAAGAAACAGUAACAGGUGAAGGACCAAAAUUCUUGGAUAAGGUUGAGAGAUAUGUUGAUAAAAAGUUAGAUAAAGCUGAACAAUUAUUAAAAAAUGGCGAAUCUCGUACACGUCGUUGGUAUCAUUCUAUAACUGGCGAUACUUCAUUUAAACCUACAGAAUUUCACUUUUUCCUUUCUUAUUUUGUAGGUGGUUUUGCACUUGGUAUUGUAAGUGGUAAAUUGAUUUAAAUGCAUUGUACUCUGAAUGCAUAUAAAAAAUCAGGUGCUUAUGUCUUAAGAACAAAAAUAAAACUGAAUGUCAAAAUAUUAAUUUAUGUUUUUAAAAUACCAAUAAUGAA